CAAAAGAGCAAAAGCAAUCUCAACCUCCUUUAUCGAAAUGAAAGAGGUCAGCUAAAUAACUACGGCCACGGAUGCACAAGAAUGAAUUAUAGGGCAUGGUCUUGUUUUGCCGUAGCGGCAGUUUUAAUUCCGGCCAAAGCGUUUCUAUUUCCCCGGCUUCGGCCUUCAAAUCUAGUCACGAUGGUGAACGUACAAAAGGUCAAAUUCACCACUGCGGUGGCCGCGGCGGACUUCGACCGACAAGGUCAGCUUUUGUCGGAUGAAGCCUACAAUACAAUUUUGGAAGGUCGCAUUGCGGUAGUUCCCAAUUUUUUGCCGUCUCGGUUCAUUCAAGAGCUCCGAGCGGAUGCCCAAAAUCUGCACGGCGACGGACACUUUACUACUGACGCUCUCGCUUCGUACGGAUCGAACGGCAACUUUGAUCCCUCGAAAGAUCGGGCUGUUCUAAAACUACAACAAUGGAAGGACGUAAAUUUGGGUAAUAUCCGUGUCCGGGCCGAUUUUGGUGCCACCAUGGCACGUUUGCGGCAGGAUCUUUCGGAGAACUUGAGACGGCCGGACUUGGCACAACCCGACUCGGCCGCCGUCGCGAAGUACGGGAACGGCAGUACGGAAAUUUCGUACACACGUUUCGGACCGGGUGCGUUCUUAAAACGACACGUAGAUGAGCACCACGAAGAGCUCAAAGCGGCGGCGGGAUGGAGCAAGCCGACCCGGCGUAGCAUCAGUUGGCUGAUCUAUCUCAACGAGGAAUGGGACGGCGACAAGGACGGCGGCCAGCUACGCUGUUUUGAACGUCGGACUCGCAUGGCGCGCGGAACAACGGUAGGUUCCCGUCAAGGGGACCUACAAAUUGGCUGGCUACGAGCGACGACAUCGGAUCCGGUGGAACGACCGGUUUUUUUGGACGCCCGACGGAACAAUCCGGACGGUAACGUGGCCAUGUACGUGGACGCUGUCAAUGGGGGACAGCAGUACAUCAGCAAACUUUUUCAUUCCCAUCCAAUUUUAUACAUGAGCGGUGGCGAAUAUUUAACGCAAAAGCUUUUGAUGCAGAGUCCGGAAGUCGCUGUUCGCUUCCAUUUUAUCGAGCCACCCAAAUCGAAAAUUAGCGAUUGGCUGGCGCAAAGCCCCGGCUUUGACGAACAGGUCUUGGACGUCGAUCCAAAGGCGGGCACGUUGGUACUGUUCGAUAGCGUAGCCUUGCCGCACGAAGUGUUGGCGACCCGCCGUCGCGAUCGGUGGGCCACGAGCGGUUGGAUGCACGAAGACCAACAAACGGUGUAUGGUGCGUCAGAAGAUGCACUUCCUCGAGCCGCACUCACGUAA